UCAGAAAAGUCCUCUGCUCUCUCCCUUUGAAAGCUUUCCUCACACUCCGAAGAUGGGUGAUGCUACCAUGGCCGAGUUUGGAAAAGCAGCUCCGUUCCUGAGGAAGUCUGACAAGGAGCGCCUGGAGGCCCAGACAAGGCCCUUUGACAUAAAGACGGAGUGCUUUGUAGUCGAUGAUAAAGUGGAAUACGUCAAGGGCCAGAUCACCAGCAAAGAUGGGGGCAAGGUGACUGUGAACACGGAGGAUGGGAGAACGGUAACCGUCAAGGAGACAGAUGUGCACCCCCAGAACCCACCUAAAUUUGACAAAAUUGAAGACAUGGCCAUGUUCACUUUCCUCCAUGAGCCUGCUGUGCUGUUUAACCUCAAAGAGCGUUAUGCAGCCUGGAUGAUCUACACCUACUCUGGCCUGUUUUGCGUGACGGUGAAUCCCUACAAGUGGUUACCGGUCUAUGAUGCAGAGGUGGUGGCAGCUUACAGGGGAAAGAAGAGGUCUGAGGCUCCACCUCACAUCUUCUCCAUUUCUGAUAAUGCCUAUCAGUAUAUGUUAACUGACCGAGAGAACCAGUCCGUCCUCAUCACCGGAGAAUCCGGGGCAGGGAAGACUGUGAACACCAAGAGAGUCAUUCAGUAUUUUGCCAGCAUUGCUGCUGCAGGAGGAGGAAAGAAGGAUACCAGCAAGGGAACACUGGAGGAUCAAAUUAUCCAGGCAAACCCAGCCCUGGAGGCUUUUGGCAAUGCCAAGACUGUGAGAAAUGACAACUCCUCACGUUUUGGGAAAUUCAUUCGCAUUCAUUUCGGAGUAAGUGGCAAGCUGUCCUCUGCUGACAUAGAAACCUACCUACUCGAGAAAUCCCGUGUCACCUUUCAGCUCAAAUCUGAGAGGAACUAUCACAUUUUCUACCAGAUCACAUCCAACAAAAAGCCAGAAUUGCUGGACAUGAUGUUAAUCACCAACAACCCGUACGAUUAUGCUUAUGUCUCCCAAGGAGAGGUGACGGUCGCAUCCAUCGAUGACUCAGAGGAACUGAUCGCCACAGACAGUGCCUUUGAUGUGCUGGGCUUCACGCCCGAGGAGAAGAUGGGCGUCUAUAAGCUGACGGGUGCCAUCAUGCAUUACGGAAACAUGAAAUUCAAGCAGAAGCAGCGUGAGGAGCAGGGCGAGCCUGAUGGCACUGAGUCUGCUGACAAGUCAGCCUACCUGAUGGGGCUGAACUCUGCUGACCUUGUCAAGGGACUCUGCCAUCCACGGGUUAAAGUCGGAAAUGAGUAUGUCACCAAAGGUCAAAAUGUGGAUCAAGUCUACUAUUCCAUUGGUGCACUGGCUAAGUCAGUGUACGAGAAAAUGUUCAACUGGAUGGUUGUGAGGAUCAACCAGUCCCUUGAAACCAAGCAGCAGCGUCAGCAUUUCAUAGGGGUGCUGGACAUUGCAGGCUUUGAGAUCUUUGACUACAACACGUUUGAACAGUUGUGCAUUAACUUCACAAAUGAGAAACUGCAGCAGUUUUUCAACCAUCACAUGUUUGUGCUGGAACAAGAGGAGUACAAAAAGGAAGGAAUUGACUGGGAGUUCAUUGACUUUGGCAUGGACUUACAGGCUUGUAUCGAUCUAAUCGAAAAGCCCCUCGGAAUCAUGUCCAUUCUGGAGGAAGAGUGCAUGUUCCCAAAGGCUAGUGACCAGACCUUUAAGGCUAAGCUGUAUGACAACCACUUAGGUAAGUCAAGUAUGUUCCAGAAACCACGUGUAGUGAAGGGUAAGCCAGAGGCACACUUUGCCCUUAUGCAUUAUGCAGGCACUGUUGACUACAACAUCGCAGGCUGGCUGGUGAAGAACAAAGACCCACUCAAUGAAACUGUGGUGGGGCUUUAUCAGAAAUCCUCCCUCAAGCUGCUUAGUACCCUGUUCUCCAAUUAUGCUGGGACUGAUGGGGGUGACAAAUCUGGUAAAGGAGCCAAAAAGAAAGGGUCUUCUUUCCAAACUGUUUCUGCCCUACACAGGGAAAACCUCAACAAGCUCAUGAAUAACUUGAAGACCACUCACCCCCACUUUGUGCGCUGUUUGAUCCCCAAUGAAAGCAAGACACCAGGAGUCAUGGACAACUGCCUUGUGAUGCACCAGCUUCGCUGCAAUGGUGUGCUGGAAGGCAUAAGGAUCUGUAGAAAGGGCUUUCCAAACAGAGUCCUCUAUGGUGAUUUCAAGCAGAGGUACAGAAUCCUGAAUCCAUCUGCUAUUCCAGAAGGUCAGUUCAUUGACAGCAAGAAAAGUGCAGAAAAACUGCUGGGAUCUCUGGACAUUGAUCACACACAAUACCGCUUUGGACAUACUAAAGUCUUCUUUAAAGCUGGCCUGCUGGGCACACUGGAGGAGAUGAGGGAUGACCAGCUUGCACGCAUCAUUACAAGAAUCCAGGCUAAUGGCCGUGCAUUACUUAUGAGAGCAGAGUUCCAGAAGCUUGUGGAGCGCAGGGAUGCAUUAAUGGUUAUCCAGUGGAACCUUCGAUCAUUCCUGAGUGUGAAGAACUGGCCCUGGAUGAAAAUGUACUUCAAGAUCAAACCCCUGCUAAAGAGUGCAGAGGCAGAGAAAGAAAUGGCAAACAUGAAGGAUGAGUUCAACCAACUGAAGGAGGCUCUGGAAAAAUCAGAGGGCAGACGGAAAGAGCUGGAGGAGAAGAUGGUGUCCCUUCUCCAAGAGAAAAAUGACCUUCACCUCCAGCUGCAGUCCGAACAGGAUACACUGACUGAUGCAGAGGAACGCUGUGAACAGCUGAUCAAGAGCAAGAUCCAGAUGGAGGCAAAGGUCAAGGAAUUAUUGGAGCGAAUCGAAGAUGAGGAGGAGAUGAAUGCAGACCUCACUGCCAAGAAACGCAAGCUUGAGGAUGAGUGCUCUGAGGUAAAGAAGGACAUUGAUGACCUGGAGCUCACAUUAGCCAAGGUUGAGAAAGAGAAGCAUGCCAUUGAGAACAAAGUCAAAAACCUUACUGAGGAAAUGGCCUCGCAGGAUGAAAACAUCAUGAAGUUGACAAAGGAGAAGAAGGCUUUGCAGGAAGCUCAUCAGCAGACACUUGAUGACCUUCAAACUGAAGAAGACAAGGCAAAUACACUGGCUAAAGCUAAGGCUAAGCUUGAGCAACAGGUGGAUGACCUAGAAGGCUCCCUGGAACAAGAGAAAAAAGUCAGGAUGGACUUGGAACGUGCUAAGAGAAAGCUUGAGGGGGAUGUAAAACUGACCCAAGAGAAUGUGAUGGAUUUAGAGAAUGAUAAACAGCAACUUGAAGAAAAACUGAAGAAGAAGGACUUUGAAAUCAGUCAGCUUAGUGGGAAGGUGGAAGAUGAACAGCUGAUCAGUGUUCAGUUGCAGAAGAAACUGAAGGAGAACCAAGCUCGUAUUGAGGAGCUGGAGGAAGAGCUGGAUGCUGAGCGGGCAGCCCGUGCCAAAGUGGAAAAGCAGCGGUCAGAUCUGUCUCGUGAGCUGGAGGACCUCAGUGAGCGGCUGGAAGAAGCUGGAGGUGCAACAUCCUCCCAAGUGGAGCUCAAUAAAAAGAGAGAAGCAGAAUUUCAGAAGCUGCGCAGGGACUUGGAAGAGUCCACUCUACAACACGAGACUGUUGCUGCUACACUGCGGAAGAAACAUGCAGACAGUGUGGCGGAGCUGGGAGAACAAAUUGACAAUCUACAACGUGUCAAGCAGAAACUGGAGAAGGAAAAGAGCGAGUUGAAGCUGGAGCUAGAUGACAUGGCCUCCAACAUGGAGAGCGUUAUCAAAGCUAAAGCCAACCUGGAAAAGCUGAGCCGCACUCUGGAGGACCAGAUGAACGAGCACAAGACCAAGGCUGAGGAGACUCAGCGGGCCCUCAAUGACUUCACCAUGCUUAGGGCCAAGCUUCUGACUGAGAAUGGAGAGCUCAGCCGCCAGCUUGAAGAAAAGGAGUCCCUAAUCUCUCAGCUCACCCGAGGCAAGAGCUCUUAUACCCAGCAGCUAGAAGACCUGCGCAGGCAGCUUGAGGAAGAGGUGAAAGCAAAGAAUGCUCUUGCCCAUGCAGUUCAGUCUGCCCGCCAUGACUGUGACCUACUGAGAGAGCAGUUUGAGGAAGAGCAGGAGGCCAAAGCAGAGCUGCAGAGAGCAUUGUCUAAGGCUAACGCUGAGGUAUCCACAUGGAGGGCCAAGUAUGAGACUGAUGGUAUCCAGAGGACAGAGGAGCUGGAAGAAGCUAAGAAAAAACUAGUGCAGAGGCUGCAGGAAUCUGAAGAGGCAGUUGAAGCGGUGAAUGCCAAGUGUUCAUCGCUUGAAAAGACUAAACAUCGCCUGCAGAAUGAGAUUGAGGACCUAAUGCUGGAUCUUGAGAGAUCGAAUGCAGCCUCUGCAGCUCUGGACAAGAAACAAAGGGCAUUUGACAAAGUCCUUUCAGAGUGGAAGCAGAAGUAUGAGGAAUCACAGUGUGAGCUGGAGUUAUCCCAAAAGGAAGCCCGAUCCCUCAGUACCGAGCUCUUCAAACUGAAGAAUGCAUAUGAGGAAGCCAUCGAUCACCUGGAAACCACAAAGAGAGAAAACAAAAACUUGCAGGAGGAGAUCUCAGACCUGACCGACCAGCUUGGUGAGGGAGGAAAGAGUGCCCAUGAGCUCGAGAAAAUUAGGAAGCAGCUGGAGCAGGAGAAGACAGAACUGCAGUCUGCACUGGAAGAGGCUGAGGGUUCCCUGGAGCAUGAGGAGAGCAAGAUCCUUCGUGCUCAACUGGAAUUUAACCAGGUGAAGGCAGACAUUGAACGAAAGCUCUCUGAGAAGGAUGAAGAGAUGGAACAAGCUAAAAGGAACUACCAGCGUAUGAUUGAAUCCUUGCAGACUUCUCUCGAAUCAGAGACUAGAAGCCGCAAUGAGGCCCUUAGAGUGAAGAAGAAGAUGGAGGGUGACCUUAAUGAGAUGGAAAUCCAGCUGAGCCAAGCCAACAGGCAGGCUGCCGAUGCCCAGAAGCAGCUCAAGGCUGUCCAGUCCUACCUGAAGGACACUCAGUUGCAGCUGGAUGAUGUUUCCCAUGCAAGCGACGAUCUGAAAGAGAACAUCACCCUUGUGGAGCGCAGGAACAACCUGCUGCAAGCGGAACUGGAAGAGCUGAGAGCCAUGCUGGAGCAGACAGACCGGGGGCGGAAGCUUGCAGAGCAGGAGCUAACGGAUGCCACAGAGAGGAUGCAGCUUCUGCACUCCCAGAACACCAGCCUGAUCAACCAGAAGAAGAAACAUGAGACAGACAUCAUGCAGCUGCAGAAUGAGGUGGAGGAGACUGUGCAGGAGAGUCGCAAUGCUGAGGAAAAGGCUAAGAAGGCCAUCACUGAUGCUGCCAUGAUGGCAGAGGAGCUGAAGAAAGAGCAGGACACCAGCGCUCACCUGGAGCGCAUGAAGAAGAACAUGGAGCAGACUAUCAAGGACCUGCAGCAUCGCCUGGAUGAGGCUGAGCAGAUUGCCAUGAAGGGCGGUAAGAAACAACUGCAGAAGCUGGAGGACCGGAUCCGUGAGCUGGAAAAUGAGCUGGAAGCAGAACAGAAGCGUGGCAUAGAGUCCAUCAAGGGGGUACGCAAGUAUGAGCGCCGCAUAAAGGAGCUCACCUUCCAGACCGAGGAGGACCGCAAGAACAUGGCCCGUCUCCAGGACUUGGUGGACAAGCUGCAGGUUAAGGUGAAGUCCUACAAAAGGGCAGCUGAGGAGGCUGAGGAACAGGCUAACAGCAACCUGGCAAAGUUCCGGAAACUGCAGCACGAGCUGGAGGAAGCAGAGGAGCGGGCCGACAUUGCAGAGUCUCAAGUGAACAAGCUCCGUGCAAAGACCAGGGAUGGCCCCUGCAAAAAAUCACACGAUGAGUGAUAAAAUAUCCUUAUCUUCUCUCCUCCAUGUGUGUUCCCCUCCAUUACACCUUCUGAAUGCAUGCACCACUGAAAAUAUUCCAGAAUAUUGUUCAAAUAUACAAUGAUAUAUAAGGCUAUGAGUACAAAAUAAUUUUGCUCUCAUACAUUUUUUAUUACUUGGUUUUUUUUCAGAAUAGGUUUUUUAGUUUUACAGCUACCCUCAAAAGGAAAGUGCCAUUGCUUUGAUAUGCUCAGUGCAACACUAUACAUGCUUGACCCAGUUUCCUGGCACCCUGGUUUUCAGUUUCUUUUUUAACAGUUGCAGCAAUGAUCAGAUAGUGCUCUGCUCAGGACCAUUUUUAAGCUGAGUAACUAACUAAUGCACCUCAGGGCUCAAUCUUACUCAGCUACCAAAUUGCUUAAAUUCUAAUCACUAUGAGUGUUCCUGACGGCUGCUUUGGAAAUGAAAAAAGGCAGAUCAUCUGAAAGAUUGAAUAGAAAUGACUGUGACCUCUAGUGAAGGGUAAAGGAGUGCUGGCAUGUAUAAUGUUCAAUGUUGCGGUUUAUGCAGUGAAUUCUGAAUGAGCUUUAAAGGUAUGCAGAACCUGAAAUGUUUCAUGUCAUCCUUUAUGCAAACUGGAAAUAGAUGGUAUACAUUUGUUUCUGUAACAUUCACAAUCUCGUCAUAUGACACUGCACAACCCCAUGCAAAAUAUAUUAUGCCUUAAAGAUGUAUUUAUAGUGCCCUAUGGUGCACUUAUAACGCACUAUAAACACUACUGUCACUGCUAUGAGCAAUCAUAACAACUUAUAGGUAAUUAUAAUAGCCUUUAUAAUGUGAAGCAUUGCUAUGACAAACUAUUGGUCCAAAGGGCAUAAUGUGUUAAACCCCUAUGUUAUACCCUUUGGUCUUUAAGUUUGUCAUAGCAAUGAUUUAUAUAUCAUCAUAAAAUUAUCGUUAUGAUUAACUAUGAGUUGUUAUGAAUGCUUUUAGCUGUGUUUAUAGUGCAUUAUAAGUGCAUCAUAAACCACCCUGCAUAUAGCUAUAAGGAAUAUGUGUUUGAUUCAUAGAACGUGUUACCAAUAUUUCCUACUGCUGUAAUGAUUAAAAAACACCAAUAUAAUCAACAGUAAAGCAUUAGUAGAAUCCUAAUGCUUAAGCUGUACUUUUAAUAAUUGCUUUGAUAGUACAUUACCUCACUGGCCCUUGUUGUGGAAAGAUUUCUGAUUGAAAAGUAUGUAUUUUUAAGCAUGCAAGUUGUUCUGUUUCUCACAAAUAUGAUAAUAAAAACAUUGUAUUUCAUUAAAA